UCAUGCAGCACAGGUGAAAUAUAUAUUAAAAAAAAAAAAAAGGCUGUAUGCUAAUAUUCUCAUUUAUCCCAAAUUUUCCUGGCAAAACUGAACCACCCACUGCCACAACGUAGUUUUAAAACACACUGAUUUUGAUAGCAUGAGGGGAAAGGGAUGAGGCGAGUGCGCAAGCGCGUUACCAGGCUGCGAGUGCUAUGCUGACUUCUUUAUAAAAUAAAGAAUAAAAAGCACAACCCACCCUAUUUCUGUGAACACACACACAGCACACACCUGCAAGCAGCAUUUUGCUAUUUCAUAUCCCAGAUUUCCUUCAUCAUAUCAGUGAUUAUAGCAUCCUGCAUCCCUAUUUCCUGAAAAUUACCAAUUUUCACCCAGAUUUGGUGUCAAGUGGGUUAAGUUACAUCUUUAUUUUGAUGGAAUAUCUAGUAAAGCAGUGUGAGUGAGGAAUUCUAUUGAAAUAAAAACACAAAUAUUUUUUGAAGAGGUUAUCCUCUUUGUCAAGGGGGAUUAUUUACCUUAGGGAUUUAUCACCGGGGGGGGAAGUGGAAAAGGAUGGAGAAUAAAUAUGUAUAUAAUAAUAUAUAGCUUAAUUCUCCGUGCUGCUAAACCUUUCCUCACAGCCAAACUGGGGAAUAUGCUUUAAUCUCUUUAUUGGAUUGCUUCCUCUGAAUAUGGUAGGGGGUUUUUUGUUUGUUUGUUUGUUUUCUGAAGCGAUGGGGCUCUAAGCGGGGAGUUAAGCACGAAGUGUUUCGCGAGGAAAAAGAGAAACUCCUGAAGAAAAAAAGACAGAAUGAGGAGGAAAAGGAGGGCUUGGGGUGACAAAAGGCGGCGCCGGCCGGGGCUGCCCCUCACGGCCCCUCAGGCGCUCGCUUCACAAAAUGGCCGCCCGGCGGGGCCGCGGGAGCGGCUCUGAGGCGACAAAAUGGCGGCAGGCGGAGAGCGGGGGGAAGGACGGGCGAGAGCGCGGCGAAGGGCUCUGAUCCUGUGGGAAUCCCCUCCGGGCGGGGGGCGAAAGCGCUGCGGGUGAAACCUGACCUUCUUCUUGUUCCCCCUCCCGCCUGCCCUUUUCUCCUCGCCGCCUUUGCAAAAGGAUGUGAAAAUGGGGUUGAAGCCGCCAUCUCCCGGUCUCUUCACGGCAUGGAAAAUCCCCAAAAGUACUUAACGAAAAAAAAAAAAAAAACCACCAUAAAAAAAAGUCCCAAAUGCACGAGGAUUGAUUUAUCAUCGGAGCCAGAGUGGUAUGGGAAGAAGCCAUCGCUGCUUGCAUGCUCCCCACGACAUCUCGUCCGCCAUUCACUUAAUUAAAAUCAUAUAUUGGUGUGAUCAGACGCGGUAAUAUCAUUAAAAAGAAAACAAAAAAAAACCCAAAUCCCGUAACAUCCACACGCUCGUUGUUGGAGGCUGUAGCCAAGUCCGUGAUGGAAGUUUGUGCCUGAAUGUUUUAUUUGUUCCACAGAGAUGUAGAUUUUCCUUGGGAGAUUUGGAAAGAAUUAUUUUUUAAUGAAAAAGAGGAAAAAAAUACACCCAGAAAAAAAACCCCAAAACAAACAACGAAAAAGAAACAAAAAGGAAAAAAAAGCACAACAGAACCAAACCGCAGUAAGUGAAGCUGCAAAUGCAACCCAAUCGUCCGGAUCAGACAAUUCAUUGCACAAAAAAAAAAAGGAUAAAUGGAACUGCAAUGGCCGGCUUUGCUGUAGAUCCAGGAGGAGGGAUCAGCUCCUUUAUCCCACCAUCUCGCGCUACAAACACCACCAUUUUUUUCCUCUCUUUUUGUUUUUAAAUACGCUUUGUUGGGGCGUUUUGUUUCGAGCCGAGGCGGCUGCACCACCCCCGAGCCGGGGCUGCCGGAGCCGCUCGGGGGCUUCACUUUUACAGAGAUCCCUUAUUUUUCCCCGGCCUUGUGCAAUCCUCUCCGUUUUAUUACAUGGCUUUGGGUUUGUUUUUUUUUCCUCUCCCCUCUGCGGGUAUAAAGGUUUCUCUCCUCUCUCCAGCUCGGCUGCUUGUUCCAGAAGUUUCCACGGGGGCGGGGAGCCCCCACUGCGGCGCCUUUGCCGCAGCGCCGGGGAGGAGGAGGAAGAGGAGGAUGCGGAGGAUGCGCCACCUCUCCCUGCCUGGGAGCCUCAUUCCAAGCCUCUCCCCCUUGCUCCGUUCCCCAGCCUUGAAAACAGAGCGCUGGGAGGUGUUUGCGACUUGGAGGGGUUUGUGGGUUUUUUUGGUUGGGAUUUUUUGUUGGCUUUUUUUUUUUUUUUUCUCCCUCUAAAUAAAUGGAAAGCAGAGCUGUCGCUGAUGGAGAUGGAUGAGGCAGGGCUGGCAGCUCUCCUCCGGCGUGGCCAUGGCACCGAUGGCAUAAGUGACCUUUCCCAGGCGGUGGGAGAGGGGAUUUCCCCCCCCCACCGCCCCAGCAUGCUCCUGCUUGGAAAUAAUUUUAAAUAGCAAGAGCAUUAUUUUUUAUUUUCCUCCCCCCCCCCUUUCUCCUUCACUGUUUUGUUUGGGUUUUGUUGUUUUGUUUUGUGUGGUUUUUUUUUUUCCCGAAGCUUCCUCAUGAUCUUUUUUUUUUUUUCCUGUGUGUGUUUUGAAUUGCAUUUUAAAAUUGCCCAGCUGGAGACAAGGCUUGAUUAGAGCUGGAACAAUAGCUCCCUUUUAUUAAUAACGGGAAGGAUUUACAAUCGUACAGCACCUUCCUUGGAAAGCUUUCCAAACCAUUUGCAAACACUCACAAAUUUCAGAUUGUGCAGCCCUUGGCUGUGAGGUGGCUGGCUGUUGUGUAAAUGGAGCCCUCCUGGCACUCGUCUCAACCCUCUCCUGUCAACAGAGUCGAUGGCUUUGUUUGUGACAGCUCCCAGCGCCUGCCUGUCCUGUGAGAUGGCCGGGUGACAGCAGCGACUCCGUGUGAGAUUCCCUGGAAGGACCUGGGAGCUGGUGUGGUUGCCUCGUGUCCCUCGGAGAUGCCACCCCAGCAGGGAGAAGGAACAGUUGGAAUUACAGUUGCAGCAAGCGCACUCCAUCAGAGGGGGAGAAUUUAUCACGGAAAAGCUGUUUGAUUUUUUGGUGGUUUUGGUUUGGGUUUUUCUUCUCCGGAAUGGAGAGCCCCUUAAAGGUAGAGACACGUACAAACUGCUCCUUGGGCGUCCCACCGGGUAAAAAAAUGGAAAGCUGAGCCCGGUUCCACACUGGAAGCACCGGCGGAGCGUGCUGGCAGCACAUUUUCCUGUGCACACGUGGCUCCAUCGCACGUUUUGAAUAAUAGAUGGCUUGCGUGCAA